ACGGAAGUCCGAGGAGAGGCUCUCUCCGUCUGAUGUAGGAAGUGGACGGACUAUUGUUUACGUUUUUUACCCGAAACCAACAAUAAAACACCCGAAAAUGACACCGAUAUAGCGGAGCCCAGAGGGAUUCUGACACUGAGCACAGUAUAUGUUUGUUUUACUAAGUUGUUUUAUAUCUCGGUGGGAUCUGAGAAGGUUUUAAAGGGUUUUGUGUGAGUUGUGAAGGCCAAUGAUCAAAUUUGAUUAAAAACUGAUUGAGGAGCUUCAGUUACAGCAAACAGUCCCCGGCAGAGGUCAAGAAACCCGAGAUCUGUCCACACUCACUCCAGUAUAUUUGAGUUUUAUUUUUUUAAUCCAGGCUUUUCAAAGGGUUUAUGAGCAUGUACGCACCCCCGGGAACAGCUGCGCCAGGAAACCGGAGGAGGAGAGCUGGAACAGCUCUACCUAAACAUCCUGAGCGGAGUUUAGCCUCGGCGCUACCCGGAGCGCUUUCAAUCACUGCACUCUGUACGGCCCUGGCAGAACCAGCCUGGCUCCGUGUCCAUGGUGGAAACUGUCCCAGACAAGAGCUCGGUGUCGCAGAUGUCCUGGGAUAUGUAGAUGACAAACUCAUCAAGGAUUACUGUAUCAACUCUCAGUCCAUCCUGCUCAUGCGGGUCAUUGCUGCUUUCUGUUUCUUGGGCAUUUUGUGCAGCCUCACGGCGUUUCUGUUGGAUGUCUUUGGACCCAAACAUCCAGCCCUCAAGAUCACACGCAGAUACGCUUUCGCUCACAUCCUCACAGUGCUCCAGUGUGCUACAGUCAUCGGCUUCUGCUACUGGGCUUCUGAACUGAUUCUGUCCCUGCAGCAGCAGCACAAGAAAUACCACGGCUCACUCAUCUACGUCACUUUUGCCAUCAGCUUCUACCUGGUGGCCGGUGCAGGCGGAGCCUCCAUUUUAGCCACGGCGGCCAACCUGCUCCGUCAUUACCCCACCGAGGAGGAGGAGCAGGCCCUGGAGCUCCUCUCAGAGAUGGAGGAGAGCAGUGAAACGUACCCAGCUGACUAUGACAUUGCCAACCAAUUCCAGCCUCCGCCGGCAUAUACACCCUGAUUUCCAGCCACUGUCGACCCACGCAUCCCCUACGCCAUCCUUUGGCCUUCAUGUAGAGAAAUGAUUUUCAGAUUUUAGGUGUGCCAUUAAAACUACUAUAUAUUCAGUAUUCCAGAUCAUGCCCAAUGCCCAAAUCCAUGCACACAUUUAAAUGAGCGUCUUACUUUGGCAGAUAGAGCUUGCGUGCAUGGAAUAAAACAAAGAGAAUAAUUAUGCCAUUGCUUGUAGGAUUCCAUUCGAAUACAUCUUGCAGUUUUUUGCAUGUAUCUGGCGAUAAAACCCCACAGAUUUGUGCUUUUUCGCCAUGCUUUAUUAUUAAAUAAAGACUUGAAAUAUGUACAGCAUCUCAGCAUAAUGCUUGUUGAAGAUGCAUUUCCCAGGAGCCUCUUUGGCACACUAAACUGUGGGGAUUUCAUUUUAUUUUUUUCUAAAGAUUUGUCUUUUUUAAUUUUUUUUGCUUCAUCACAGGUUUAUCACGUUUUCCAUUUUAAAUGUUGAGCUGCACUUUUGACUUUUUAAAAUCAUGCUAGGUAUCAAAGGAUCCUUUAAUUUAUUUUAAUUCAUCAAUAGUCCGUAUAUGCACACUUUUGGAUGUAUCCCAUUGCAUAAAAAAAAUUGUAAUCAGUUUUUGUAAUGUUACUUUAACUCAGAUGGAUGGAAAAAUGAUUUAUUAUCUGGAAGAAGUAGACUCUCAAAGAAACUAGAAAGCAAAAAUUGUAAUUACCAGUGAUUUGGAGGCGUUCAGGUUUGCCGACCUCACAUUGUGAGUGUUUUCUAUAUUCAUUAGAUUUAUUUUAUUUUAUUGAAAUUGUGUUUGCUGUGUUUUGAUAGUAAUGUUGUGAGCGAUCAACGAGUCUUAACAUAUUUGUCAUGAUUGUAUCCACGAUUUGCUCGUCUAGCUUUUGCUCUGGUCUGUUUAUUUUUGAUAAAAUCACUGCAUGACAUGUGUUGCAUAAAUGGACUGUAAUUGUUGAGAUUUUACACAUGCUGUUCACUUUUACAUAUAGUUUUGGUUGUUUAUCUAGUAAUCUGGUGUUUUUUUUAAAUAUAUAGAUUAUUUUA